GUUUUUUUUUAACUGCGUCUUUGUCAGUAAUAAAACGCAUGUCUGUGAAGUUGAAGCCGCAGAAAAGUCUGGAGAGCUCUUUCCUCAUACCACAGUUACCAACUCGAACCAACAAUGGCUACCGUCACAUCCAAGCACUCUCGCGAUCUUCCUGAGGACUUCGAGGGCCUUUUGAGUAAUUUACAGGAUUGGGAAUUGUCGUUGAAGGACAAAGAUAAGAAACUGAGACUAGAUACUGUCGGCAAGGGCAAACUGGACCAUCCAGGUCAGCCUAGUAGAAGUAAUGCUGCAGGUAAUGAUAAACAGACUGUUCCCAAAACUCCCUUUUCUGACAAAGCAAGUACAGUCAUGAAGUAUGAUUAUUUGAAAGAAUAUGAGGCACUCAAUCGAUUAUCUUGUGGAGUAUCAUCUCAAGAGAGCGAUGUUGAUGCUAAUUCCGAGAAAGAGUUGGGUAACGAAUUUUUUAAGCAGAAGAAAUUCAAUGAAGCAAUAGACUGUUAUUCACGUAGUAUAGCACUAUCACCAACUGCAGUAGCUUACGCCAACAGGGCAAUGGCAUACAUAAAACUUAAAAGAUUCCAGGAGGCCGAAAAUGAUUGUACAGAAGCCUUGAAUUUAGAUGAUCGGUACAUAAAAGCUUAUUCUCGUCGAUCUACUGCAAGAAAAGAACUUGGGAAACUCAAAGAAGCAGUUGAUGAUGCUGAAUUUGCUUUGAGGUUGGAGCCACAAAACCAAGAGAUUAAGAAGCAGUGUGCCGAGUGCAAAUCUUUGUUUAAGGAGGAUCUUCUGAAGAAGGCAUCUGGGGCAUUAAAAAAAACUGUGGAGGGAGCACGACCAGGAAAAUCAGAGGCGGUUAGGAACAAGCAUGUACAGCUCCAGACUGUUUCAAAAACUUCUUCUGAUGGAAGAGUGGCUGAGAUCCUGGAAGAUCAUCCUAAGGGGAGUAAUAUUAAAGAAGUAGUUGCUGAUACAUCUGUGGAAGUUGAAAUAAACAACAUUGGGAGUAAUGGAUCAUCUGAUGGUGGUAGUAGCUUGCAGACUGCUAAGAGGAUACCAAAGUAUAACAAACAGGAACUGAAGGCAUCCGUGCAAGAGCUUGCUGUUAAAGCAGCAAUUUUUGCAAAGUCCGAAGCUGCAAAAAACAUUGUUCCACCAAAUUCAGCUUAUCAAUUUGAGAUGACUUGGCGAGGGUUGUCUGGUGACUGUGAUUUACAGGCUCGCUUACUGAAGGUUGGUGUUUAUCAUGUAACUUCGCCUGCUGCAUUGCCUGGGAUAUUUAAAAAUGCAUUAUCAGCUCCAAUACUUGUUGACAUCAUAAAGUGUGUCUCCACCUUUUUCAUGGAGGACAUGGCUUUAGGUGUUGACUACUUACAGAAUUUGAUCAAAAUCCCGAGGUUCGACAUGAUCAUCAUGUGCCUUGGAUCUUCUGAUAAGGCUGAUAUUAAAAAGAUUUGGGAUGAGGUUUUCAGCAAGGGGAAUGCUGAUUAUGGUGCAACACUCAGUAAUCUAAGGUCGAGAUAUGGCUUGAAACAGUAAUUAUCAUUUGCCUUCCGGUGCAGCAUUAUCAAAGAAUGUUAUCUCGUGAAUCUAUGGAAGUGCAGUUCUAUCUCUGGGAAGACAUAGUUUUUGGACAACAAAAUGCAUUCUAAAACCCACAAUGACUGCUUCCAAUUUUGUUACAUAUAUGGGUACAAAAGUAAAUGCUGAUUUGCAUCUUCAGAAUGAUGCAAACAAUUUCUGUUGGGGAAAUAGAAAAAGAAUAAUGUAAACAAACGAUUAUGACCGUCGUGCUCUGUAGUCCUGGAACAUUGCUUAAUGGAUUCAGAUGGUCUCAACCAUGGACAAAAAAAAUUUCUUUGUUUUUUCUAUUGUCCAAAUUCAAACAUAAACGUCAUAAUUGAACUGAAACCGAGCCAAAUGAUACAUUUUGGAGACCAUACGUAAUGGAAGCACGAAGCAGAGCAAACACUAUAUUCUUGUUGUGCAUUGAAAAGGUCCAA